GAUUGCUUGUUGUUUUACCCACCCUAUUAUGCAUGCACUCAGGUGUUUAGCCGGCAAUGGAAUUCCAGUUGGAAAAGCUUUUGGAGUUGGGGUCAGACGCCGCCUCAGCUAUGUCCUGGGUAUCGAGACCUCCUGCGACGACACGGGCAUCGCCAUCGUGGACACCGCCGGCCGGGUGAGGGCGAAUGUGCUAGAGUCCCAGCAGGAGUUCCACACGCGAUACGGCGGCAUCAUUCCACCCAGGGCCCAGGACCUGCACCGCGCCCGCAUUGAGUCAGCAUUCGAGCGCUGCCUGGCGGAGGCUCAACUGGAGCCGGAUGAGCUGACGGCCAUUGCGGUGACCACGCGUCCCGGGCUGCCACUAAGCCUGCUGGUGGGCCUGCGCUUCGCCCGGCAUCUGGCCCGUCGCCUGCAGAAGCCCCUGCUGCCCGUCCACCACAUGGAGGCGCAUGCCUUGCAGGCCCGCAUGGAGCAUCCGGAGCAGAUUCCCUUCCCGUUUCUCUGCCUGCUGGCCAGCGGCGGUCACUGCCAGCUGGUAAUGGUCCACGGACCAGGUCGCCUCACCCUUCUUGGCCAAACGCUGGACGAUGCGCCCGGCGAGGCCUUCGACAAGAUCGGACGCCGACUGCGCCUGCACAUCCUGCCCGAGUAUCGCCUGUGGAACGGCGGCAGAGCCAUCGAGCACGCCGCCCAGCUGGCCAGUGAUCCGCAGGCCUACGACUUUCCGCUGCCACUUGCCCAGCAGCGCAACUGCAACUUCAGCUUUGCCGGCAUCAAGAACAACUCCUUCCGCGCCAUACGGACGCGCGAGCGGCUGGAGCGAACGCCACCGGACGGAGUCAUCAGCAACUACGGCGACUUCUGCGCCGGUCUGCUGCGCGCCGUCAGCCGGCACCUGAUGCACCGCACCCAGCGGGCCAUCGAGUACUGCCUUCUGCCGCAGGUGCAGGAGCUCUUUGGCGACUCCCCGCCCACACUGGUCAUGUCCGGCGGGGUGGCCAAUAACGAUGCCAUCUACGCUAAUAUCGCACACCUGGCCGCCCAGUACGGAUGGAGGAGCUUCCGGCCGUCCAAACGCUACUGCUCCGACAAUGGGGUGAUGAUCGCCUGGCACGGGGUGGAGCAGCUCCUGCAGGGCAAGGAGGGCAGUCUGCGCUUCGACUACGACCAGAUCGAGAUCCAGGGCAGCGCGGGAUUCGCGGAAUCGCAAGAGGAGGCUGUCACCGCGGCGGCACUUAAGUGCAAGUGGAUCCAGCCACUGUGCUUAUGAUCCCAUCUGGUCAAAGCUGAUGUUACUGUUUUUGUUUUCUUAUGAGAAGUUAGAGUUAGACUUUCUUUAAAAAGUUUAAUAUUGUUAUUAGAGGAAAUUAAAUCUUUUAAAUUGUAA